UUACAUCACACUUAUUUAUCUCCAGCCUGUCUCUGCUUUGUUGUCCUUUUUUUUCUUUUGAAGUGCGACAACAUACCUUACACUACCCAAGCAGCACAUUAAUCGCUGUAUCGCGCACCUCUCAUUAUCCAGAAAAACACCCCGAAAUACCAAUCAAUCUCGAAUUCAAUCACCACACCACCUACCUAUCCACCCACCCACCCACCCUCAAGAUGCAGGGCUUCAACAUGGGGCGGUACGUGCCGCCCGAUGUCGAGGGCACGACGACAGGCAACAAGCUGCACAAGAAGAAACCCCCCGGGUUCUCCCGCGACGGCGCGCAGCAGACCGUGCGCUUCGAGAUGCCCUUCGCCGUGUGGUGCGGGCACUGCGCUCAGCCGACGCUGAUCGGGCAGGGCGUGCGCUUCAACGCCGUGAAGCGCAAGGUCGGGUCCCACCACAGCACGCCCAUCUUCUCCUUCGCCAUGCGCCACGCCGACUGCGGCGGCGCCCUCGAGAUCCGCACCGACCCCGCCAACACCACCUACCUCGUCGUCGAGGGCGGGCGGAGGCGGGAUACCGGGGAAGAGUCUGGGCUGGGGAUGGGGAUGGAGCCGAUAUUGACGGACGCGGAGCGCGAGGCGCUGCGGACGAACGCGUUCGCGAAGCUCGAGAAGACGAUCGCGGACCGCAAGGCGCUCGACGACGCGAGGCUGCGCAUCGACGAGCUGGCGCGGGAGAGCGCGCGCAAGUGGGACGACCCCUACGAGCGCAAUCGCAGGUUACGCGCCGCGUUCCGCAUCGGUCGCCAUGAGCGCGAGCGCGAUGCGAAGAGUACCGAGGACCUGCGCGAGCGCAUGAGUCUCGGGAUCGAUAUCGUGCCCGCCAACGACGAGGAUGGGCGGAGGGCUGCGCUGGUGGAUUUCGGGAUGCCGACCGAGGAUGAGAUGGGUCAGAAGGCGCUCGCCAAGCCUCUUUUCGCGACGAGUGGCGAUAGCAACAACAACAACAACAACAACAACAACAACAACAGUAAUAAUAACAAUAAUAAUAGUGGGGACGGUCGUAAACGCGGACAUAGCAAAGAAACGAAACCCGCCAAGCGGCUCAAGUCCGAAGCUGCCGCCGCGCAGAUGCGGGAGAACCUCGUCUCGGAAAUCGUCGGGAAUACGCGAGCUGCGCAGGAUCCGUUCUUGGCCAGCUUGGCUGACCGGAAUAGCGGAGAAGCUGGCAGUGGGAAUGGCGGCAAGGGGCCGCCGAGAAUCCUCGGUAUCAAGAGGAAGAGGGCGGUGGAAAUGGGAACGGAAACGGAAACGGAAACGGGAGAGCAGGGUGGUGGUGGUGGUGGUGGUGGUGGUGGAACGGAGGUGGGGACGGAGGCUAGUAGGGAUGGGAAUGAAAAGGAUACGGGCGUUGGAAUAGUGGCAGCAUCAGCAGCAUCGUCGUCGUCAGCAGCAGCGGCAGCAGGAACGGCCCUGGUCGAGUACGAUUCGGAUUAGAGAGAGGGGUACCACAUUGCAUUGCAUUACAUUGCAUGGUCACGGCGUUUUACUGGUUUGGUUUGGUUGAUACAUUUGAUUUACGAUACGAUACCCAAGAUGAAUGAAUGGAAUGUGGAAUACUACUACUUACUGUGCAGGAAGUUAGACAGGCACCUUACCUAGCCUGUAUCAUCACAUCACGAGAAACGGCAUGAGAAACGAGGAAGAAGGGAGGGGGGAGUGGGAAAGUAAAAUCAGUGGGUUUAGGUCACAGCAUACAGAGCAG